AUGGCUCAAACCCUCGAGCAGCGACGGCGCAACGCCAAGUUCGUCAAGGACCAGGAAGCCCGCAGAGGCAAGUCCGAAGAUCAGAUCAAGAAGCGCACCAAGGAAGCUCCCAAGUCGCCCAUUUCCAUGUUCUGGCUCGUCCUGCUUGGUUUCGUCAUCUUUGGCGGACUUGUAUUUGAGGCCUUGUCGCGCUUCUUUGGCCUGUAA